GUGAGCCAUAGGUGUUCACCGUUAGAUCUGCAAUUCUUUAAUUCGAAUUCAUAGUUUCAUCGAGAAAGAAGCAAAAACAGAAGGAAAGCCAAGCGAAAUUUCAUGGACGAUCAGUUUCAUAAAGAAUGAAACCAAUGGUGUUUUGAUUCAUGAGUAAACGAACUCUCAUUCGACCUCGUUCUGGCGGGAAAGUAUUCCUGAAGCCCAUAAUACCCAUACAAAAAGGCCCUUCACUCACGGUCUCCUACACUCUCCCCUCAUAACCUCCGAUACGAGUCCCCCUCCCCUUCUCUGCUCUCUGAAAACCCUCCAUUUUCCCUCUGCUCAUCGCCUUCUCCCGGCCUUCGUUCAACACUUGACGUUCUAAGCACUAUCUUAGAAUAUUUUCCUCGCAUCGUACGUUUCUUUCCCUUCCAAAGAGUAGGGUUUCUUGUCCUAGGGCAUUCAACUAACUUCUCAGUCUACAGAUAGAUUUAGUUCGUCUUGUUAAAGUUUUUGCAGGUUGCUCGAUUAAAUUCCGCGGGAGUCAGGGGUUUUGAUUAGUCAGCCUACGAGUUUGGUGAAGUCGUUUGGCUUUGUCAAAAUGGCGGAUGCGUUCGAGGAAGAAGGGGAACCGACGGUAUCAAUCCAUGAGUACCUUAACGAAGUUGAAGAGCAGGAGUUGGAAGCUGAUUUGGUUUUGGGAGGGGAUGAAGGCAAGGAAUGCACCUAUGAAAAGGGUUAUAUGAAGAGGCAGGCGAUUUUCUCAUGCUUGACCUGUACUCCAGACGGAAAUGCUGGGGUCUGCACAGCAUGUAGCUUAUCUUGCCAUGACGGUCAUGAGGUUGUUGAGUUGUGGACUAAGAGAAACUUCCGGUGUGACUGUGGAAAUUCAAAAUUUGGGGUGUUCUUCUGCAAGCUUUUCCCAAACAAGGAUCCAGAAAAUUCAGAGAAUUCAUACAACCAUAACUUCAAAGGUGCCUAUUGCACUUGUGGUCGUCCAUAUCCUGAUCCAGAUGCUAAUGAACAGGUGGAGAUGAUACAAUGUUGCAUCUGCGAGGAUUGGUUUCAUGAGAACCAUAUUGCCCUUGAUUCUAAUGAAACUUCUGAAGAGAUUCCAAGAGAUGAGGAAGGAGAACCUUUAUAUGAGGAUUUCAUCUGUCAGGCAUGUGCUGUUAUCUGUUCUUUCUUGACUCUUUAUCCUCCUAGCUUUUGGGCACAAGCUAGGCAGAGUGAUUCUACAGUAAAUACUAACAAAGAGGGAAAUACUUUGGGAAAUAUGUCCUCUGGGAAGAUUGAGGAUGAGACUUCUUCUCAGUCAAUAGAAAAGGGUUCUGCAAUUCCACCUGUUUCUGGAAGUUUAUCAGGUCAAAAAGAUUUAUUUCUUGGAGAAGCAUCUGAUGAAAAUAGAAUCGUACACCAGUGUGCCCAGAAUACUGAUUUAAGUCCCAAAUGCAUUAUUGGAAUAGAUCUGCGGGGGCCUGAAGUGGCUUUAGAGAAAAAUAAACCAAUGUUUCUUUCUAAAAAUUGGAGAGAUCUUCUGUGCAGGUGUGUUACUUGUAAGGAAUUCUACAUCCAGAAGGGCAUUGGCUAUCUAAUUGAUAGGGAGGACACAAUUAUGGAAUAUGAGAAAAUUGCAAAGCAAAAGAGGGAGGAGAAAUUACAGCAACAGGAAGGAGUUGAUUUAAAUUUCCUCAAUAAGUUAGGCCAUGCUGAGAAGAUGGAGGUUCUGAGUGGCAUUGCAGAUAUGAAGAAUGAACUCCGAUCCUUCCUGGAGUCCUUUGACUCAUCAAAGCCAGUCACAUCUGCUGAUGUCCACCAGGUGUUUGAAAAUCUUGCAAAGAAACGCAGGCGUUUACCGUAAGUGAUUUCCUGGUUCCUUUGUUGUAUUACAUGUCAACUGUAGUGGCUUUGGGACUCAAUCCAAGUGCAGGAACAUUCAGAAUGCAUGUAUAGUUGUAGAAUGUUCAGGGAGAGAGUUUAACUUGUACUACCAUAAUCUAUGAAAUAUUUAGGCUUUUAUUCACAUUUAAGAUUUCAGCGGCAGUGUCUAUUAAUUUUAUUGCUAAAAAUAUACUUUUUAUGGGAGCCUAUUAGCUUGUUGUUCA